GCCGUGCCGAGGAGUUGAGGGUGCCUUCUCCUCCCGCCCCCACCCCCACCCCCACCACGCAGCGGCUGGGAGGGGCCUGGUGUUGACUGUCGCCAUACUGCGAUCCGCCGGAGUCGGAGCACUGGUGCUUGAGGCUGACUGAUCAGAAUGAACGAAAGUCCUAUUUGGGAGCAGAUUGGAACUAGCUUUGUGGACCAUUACUAUAAAAUUUUUGAUUCAAAUAGGGGUUCACUAGCACCAUUAUAUAUCGAGUCUUCUUGCCUUUCUUGGGAAGCACAGCGGUACCAAGGUAAAGAUGCUAUUGUGGAAAAACUUAUUAGCCUUCCAUUUGGAACCAUACGGCAUCUGGUAACUGCACAAGACCAUCAACCCACACCUGAUAAUUGCAUUUUGAGUAUGGUAGUUGGACAACUUAAGGUUGAUGAAGACCCAGUCAUGGGAUUCCACCAGGUAUUUUUACUGAAAAACAUCAAUGAAUCUUGGAUCUGCACCAACGAUGUCUUCAGGCUAUCACUGCACAACUUUUCCUGAGAGUUCUCUUUCUGCACGUCCUUAUAUCCACUCUUCUAGUCUGCUAUUAAUUGCAAUAACUGGAUUCUAAAUAUCAUGCACAAAUGUGUACCCAACAGUAAAAAUUUGCAACCUGAUCAGUCUCUAAUCACAAGUUUGCUUGAAUUAAAUUAUUUGUGCAUGAUGUUUGGAAAGUUGUUAGUUUAGCUGACAAUGACAAGACAGUACCCCAUUGUGUUGUACCAGCAUGCCUUAGAAGAUAAAUCAUACCACACUAUUUUUUUCUUUCCUAUGUAUUGGUAAGUUGCUAUAGCAAUCCAAAGAAACAAAAUAAGAAGAGCAACUUCUUACCCAACCUUUUGAUAUGUUCAUACCUUUUGUUGGCUUAGGAUACAAUAAACCAUGUUCUUUUCUUGGAAAUCGUUUUGUUUGGUUUCCUGGCAAUGUUUGUCAUUUUUAAAAAUGUGCUUGACCAUUUAAUACAAUCAGAGAAUAAAUGAUUAGAUAGUACUUGUGCUGGUUUAAAGGAUUAGGUCACAUGUCUAUCAAGAAGAAGUUAUAAAACAAGGUAGCUCCAACAUUGUUAUUCAGUAUUUAUCAUGAUUGAACUUUGUUUCAGGUGCUGUCUCGACAAAUUGAGACCGCAAGAAAAGUUAAAGAUUACAUUUUUAAACUGCAACACGAGAUUCAGCAGGAUGUGUAAAAUCUGAUUCAAUCUCAAUCCAUAAUUUUAUCCAAUCACUUUGUUAAAAGCAAUGCAGAUUUCUAAUUUACUUAAUCAAAUUUUGGUUUCAGUCAAGCAAGCUAAUGCUUGGAGUAUUGGCUGCCUUGUAGUGGACACUCACAGGGGUUAUUUUAAUUAUCCUAAUGGUGUAACUUCCUUCACUUUGAUGAGCUGUGUCAUGUAACCUGUUGGUUGCAUUGUGAUCAUUGGCAUUUGAGCUAGAAGUGGAUAAAGAAUGUCAGCUUUUAUCUGAAUACAUUGCAUUUGUGAAUUUAAAUUCUAUCACCUCUCAUCAUUUAACUUCCUAACCACAGAGCUGGGAAAAUAAUGCUUUACCUAUUCGAUUACUCCAUCAUCCAUUUUCUUUUUUUGGAAGAUGACUGAGCAAAUUUAGUAAUCUGUCACAAUGUAAAAGAGAAUGGAAGCAAUCCAUUCACAAUAGCCUAUAUCUUGGUACUGGAGCUAUAGAAAUGCAUUAAGCAUUUGUGAACAAAAUUUUAAAAUAACAUUUAUCUUCGAGAAUAAUUGUUGGUACGGCUGUCUUUAAGAAUGCUAAUAUUUCUCCUAAAGUGUUUAAUCUGCGUAAACUAGGUUUUGGAUUCACUUUUUGAAAUAGUGAUGCAUGUUGGGUAUACAGUUCUAUGAGUGUCUCAGCAAAAUGGUCAUGCAUUGUGUAUACAGAGGCAUUGAAGGUUAUUGCAAUCCAGCCAAAUACAGUCUCCAUGCGAAUUAGAAAUAUUUCUACUUUAUCAAUGUUGGGCUACUUGCAUAAAUAUAUAAUCUUAACAACUUGGAAGAAAAUUCUACUUGACGUUAAAAUGGGAUCUCUGAAAAUUUAUCCCUCUUGGGAAUGCUGGUUUGUGUUGGACUCAAUUUCCUUUUACUUUCAACAUGACAAUUAAUUCCCUGAUGUAGGUAAACACCAUUCCUUUUCUCUAUUAAGUUAUUCCAGAACUUGAAGUGUUGCACAAUUUUAACAUUUAAAUGCUGAGAAUUGGUAAGGGAGUUAAAUUUGAGUCUUACCAGCAAUGAAGAAAUAGUAAACAUACACAAUUUUCACACAGCCCUUAUCCUUGUGAAAUUUGAUGGUCAUAUUGAAGGUUGCAUUGCAAAGUACAAAGCCUCUUGUUUGUAGCAGUGAAAGUUGGGGUGAUUUCUGAACUUGCAGGCAUCUGUCUGAAACUAUAUACAAUAUAGAUUGGAAAAUGAUGUUAGAAUAUCCAAAUAUGUAUGUAGAACAAUGUGUUACGAGUUAGGAUUUCCUAAUUUUGGUUUGAUGUGUUACAUAAUGAAAUUAUUAUAUAGAGAUUGUCCCAAAUGUAAUUCGAAAUCUAGAAUUCUGAAGAUACCAAAUUUUCUGGACAAAUUAUUGUCUUUAGUGUCCCUUUUUCUAACUGCAUGUAAAGCUUCUAAAAUAUAACAAAAUAAAGUUAGUUCCAAUUUGAUAUAUCUUCUACAUGUUUUAUUCCAAUCAAGGAUUAUGGCCGAUGUAAUUUAAACCUAUCUCAGUUUUGCCAUAAAUUGAAUCAGUUCAGGUCUACCUUGACUAUGCAUAAUAAGUUUCCAUGCUGAGGAGAGUUUGGAGAACAGCAAUCUCAGAACUUUAUCAAGCAGUGUUUGAAAAGCUGCCUAUAGUUGUCGGGCAGUUGCCGUUAUAUAAUUGUUAUUGAUUUGCCAAAAUGGGAACUUGUUUUACAUAUUAGAUGCAUUGGUGUCUUUUUGUAUUUUUGAUGCAAGACUUUUCCUUUGGCAUUAUUCUUUAUGAAAUAAUCAUUGACAGGAAUUUAUUUUGUGGAUUUAAGUUCUAUUUUGAAGCAAUGCCACAAUAUCACCACUGAAAGCAAUUAAUAGCCUUCUGGUAUUUCUUGCAAUUGACAAGUAUUUUCAGUUCUAUUGUUCACUCUCUGUAAUGGGGAGGAUGGUUCUGUUUUAUUAGUUUUCUGUGCAUUCUGUUUUCCACAUUCACACAGCCUACUUCAGUCCAGAGGGUAUGAAGAUCAUUUGAUUUCAUUAUGGUCAGAACUCAGAUUACUACGUAAUAGGCUGAUGGAAAGUUCAUUCACAUUGUUGUUGAAAUAGCAGGACCAAUUCCUUGUUGCAGUGUGACUAUGUAUGACAAUUCGUCUGAGAAUUUAAGCUGAUAUUUGAGUGUCUCACUUUAAAAACUUUGGAGUGCAACUGAAGCCUUUAUUACAAGAUAGAAGGUGGCUUUAACCCUUAGUGCUUUUAUAUCAGUAUUUAGAAUAUGGUCCAAGAAUUUGAAGUACUAUAUUUACAUUAAGAUAAAUAUAGAAUACGUAGAAUGUAUGAAUAUAUCUACACAAGUGCUCCAUCGUGAUGAAACAAAUAACUUCUGAUCACUUCAGUGUUUGGAAAUGUUAUUGUAGUGAUGCACAAAACAGUUGAAAGUCUAUGUGCAAACAUGAAAUGACUGAAAUGUGAUCUAACCAGUUGCCAAUCAGAAUGAUGGUAUAUUUAUGUAUUUAUAACCUACAGAAUGAAAAUUAAAAUGCAAACCAUAAUCGUAACAUUUAUAUACAUUAAAAGUGUGCAUCUUUAAUUGUUUUAUGGUUGCUGAAUAAAAGUAAAUAUGAAAUAUCUUAAUAGAUACAUUAAAAGCAGACAUGAAAGAAUGGAUACUUGGAUAAUUAGUUGAUAUUGCCUUUCACAUGGAUGUAACUCAACGCUGCCUUCAGAAUUCUUGGCAACUGUGUAAAGCACCACUGUGCAGCUUACACUACUGUACUGUGAAUUUGUAUUAAAAGACGUGUUCAAAAUUUAUUUAAACUUCAUAUUUUGUGCCAUACAGGGUAUGUUUUUGCUGUUUGAAAGCACUAUUAUUGUUUUUUUUAAACUCUAAAUCCCCUUUAAGACAUUAUUCUUUAGCUGUGAGAAUUUUUUUAGGUCCUCUAUGUCAACAAAGAUGCAAGACCUCAAAGGUCUUUCAGCCUCAGAUAUAACAAAAUCCUGGGCCACCUCAAGCUGCUGAAGCUAUGAUGCUUGAUUGGACUUGUGUUCGCAGAAACUGAUUUUUGAUCUAUUUUAGGAAAGAAAACUGCUUUUGGUAAUAACUGAUGCACGUUCAUUUAUUUGCAUUGUGAUACUAUUAUUUUGUUUCUACAAUAAACUUUUAUCAAAUGGC